AUGGGUGAACCGAAGGAGAUUGAAUCAUCGAGAGGACAGUUGUUAAGAUUGAACAUGACAGUUGAGUAUAUCUCUUUUUCGGCUCAUGUUGACUAUACUCAAAAUUCGCAAUUUAUUGAUGAAUGCGCCCCAUCACAUCUUUUCUUCGUUCAUGGUGAAGUUAAUGAAAUGAUGAGGCUGAAGAAUACAAUUGCUCAAAGAAACGAAAAGAUAGUUCAGGAGAACGAUGAAUAUUCUGAUAUUAUUAAUAAAAAGUCUGAAACAGAUUUCCAAACGGUAAAAUUAAUGCAAAAACAGAAGAUACCGUACAACUCCACCUUCAACUUGUUAAAGCAAAUAUUGGUUGAGGAGUUUGAUGCAAAAAGGAUAUCCAUUGUAAAACCUCUGGAAAGCCAAAUUAAUAAUGAAGGAAAUGUCUUUGUUGAAAAUCCAGUAAAUGAGGAUGAGACAUUAAUUUAUGCUCAAAAAAUCACCAUUUGCAUACAGAUGUUGCCUAUUGUUCUGAUCUUAAGUCAGAUUCCGCUCUUCAAGUCGGAGGGAUACUUUGAAGAUCCGGAUAAGUGA